GCAUGCUUUCCCACUCUGCGGAAUGACAAGCGACUGCUGCUUUCCUGAUUGGAUGCAACUGCUACCAAUCAGGGUGCAGGCAUGUAAGGUGCCUUUAGGUUAUACCCAACCCCAAAAAACGAGGAGGGAGGGAAAAAGAGAGAGAGAGAGAGAGAGAGAGAGAGAGAGCGCACUAGAGGGAGAGACAUGGUGGGAGAGACAGAGAGUGAGUGAGAGAGCGAGAGAGAGAGAGAGAGAGAGAGAGAGAGCACUGAGCAGAGAGUAGAGCAGAGCAGGCACCGGCUUGACAGUGUUACUGAGGCAUUUUUGUGCACGCUCUCUGAUGAAUGGUGCCGUUGAAGGGAAAUAGCUCAUCAGCUUGGCUUUGGAGGCGUGUUGCCCGUCCUGCUUUAUCUCCAGUCGAUGGAAAUCACUCACUGACCGGAGGUCUGCUGUUUCUUCUCCCGCCUUCUGCCCCCUUCAAAAAGGAACCCCUCCCCCCUCUAACUGCCCUCAGUCUCACCUGAGUGGAGCAGAAGACCUGUGGCCCCCCUUUCCCCCCGGCUCCCCUUCCUUACUCCAAAGAAUACCGCGUUUCACCUGGUGAGAGCAGUUGCAAGGGACGCACAAUGGACUACAGCUAUGCUGUCGCUCAGAUAGUGCCGGCUGCUUGACUUGCUUCUGUUUUUUUGGGGGGAGAGCAGAAGAGGAGCACAGAGAAGAAUUCGGUUCCAGGAGCACCGUAGAGGAGAAGCUGUGCUGUUUUCUUGUCCAGCAGCAAGAAAAACAACUUUGUCAGGAUGAUUUUGGGAAGUAUCAACCGAACGGGGGCAGUCCCAGCAUUCCUGAGGACCCCCACAGUCAUCCAGCCUCAUUUGGACAUGAAGCCCUUCCUGCAGUUCCCCAUGGAGACGCCACCGCCUCAUAGCGUUGGACUCUUCCACAAUUUUAACACUAUGGAUCCUGUUCAGAAGGCAGUGAUCAACCACACCUUCGGAGUCCCAUUGGUGAAGACCAAGCGACCCAUCAUCUCCUGCAACGUCUGUCAGAUUCGAUUCAACUCUGAGAGUCAGGCAGAGGCCCAUUACAAGGGGAACCGCCAUGCCAGGAGAGUCAAAGGCAUUGAGACCUCCAAGACUCGUCCACAGGAAAGUGACAAGCCUCCCCCUGGGCCAACCUCUUCCCCCUCGCCCCCAGGUGCCCAGUCGGCCAGCACUGAUACUGACUCCAGCAAAGCAGAUGAGACGCAGCCUGGCCCACAGUUGAAUCGGCCUGCUUCGGCCCAGGGUCCUGUGCCUGCAUCAGCCUCUCCUACUCCAGACUCCCCUGGUCCCUCUGCUGGAGCCCUCAUGCCAAGCCCUGCCACCCCUCUACCCCUGCCUGCUAGCACCUCCUCCCCUGGCUGUGGCUCCACCAACCCAGAACAGACAGGCUCUGGAGCCCCAGCAGCAACCACAACCCCCUCCGGCAACCCCGAAACAGAGGAGGACAAAGCCAAGAAGCUGUUGUACUGCUCACUGUGUAAAGUGGCCGUCAACUCUCUCUCCCAGCUGGAGGCUCACAAUAAAGGCACCAAACACAAAACCAUUCUUGAAGCCCGGAGCGGGCUGGGCCCCAUUAAGGCAUACCCCCGCCUGGGCCCCAAGCCCAGUGGAGAGCAGGGAGGUGGGGCGACGGACCCCAACACUCAGGAACGCACCUUCCACUGUGAGAUCUGCAACGUGCGGGUCAAUUCGGAACUACAGCUCAAACAGCACAUAUCAAGUCGAAGGCACCGGGAUGGAGUGGCAGGGAAGCCCAAUCCACUCCUGAGCCGACACAAAAAGCACAGGGGAGCAGACCUCACGGAUCUCACCAAAGCGCUGGGCGCUGGUCUCCUGCCCAGUCCUCUGGCCGUCGCUGCAGCAAUGGCGGCCGCCGCUUCCUCCAAUCCACUGGCUCUCCGCGCUGCAGCUCCCGCCCCCCACCCGCAUCAUCAUCUCCUUCAGGGUCCGCCCCUCAGCCAUGCUAUCCUGAGACCGGCCCCAGGGCCCAUCCGCACCUCACACGGGCCAAUCCUCUUCUCCCCCUACUGACACCCCACCCCCCUGCACCUACAGCCAGUCAGGAGCAGCACCUUCAAAAGCACACUGUGAAGAAUUCAAGAAAAAUCUAAUAUUAAAAAAUUAUAGAAAACCACAGAAUUAACUCAUCCAUCUACUACUCAACCCUAAAAGCAAGCUAGAAAGAGGAAAAUAAGAGAAGAGAGAAGGGAAAAGAAGACCUGACACGAGUUUGAUCCCUCUUCUGUCCCCUUACCCUGCCCCUCCACCUUUGGAGGGAACUGACUGAGUGACUGGCAGAUGAAUUUGCGAAUGGUGAGAAAAUAGAGUAAAUAGUUCUUACUUCAGCUCUGCUCAACUUUCUUUCUAUUCACACACACUGUGAGACAGAAGCAAUCAUCUAGGAACCGGUGAUUUGUCUAAGUUCAUACAGACUUAUAGCAUACGCAUACAUAAAGACUACUGCAAGCUCUUUGUAUAUUGUACUGUGGGCCACAGUACAUGUAGGAUUCCCAACAUUUCAUUCUGGUUCAGUGUGUUCUCAACCCUAUGCACCUUGAAGAAAAAUCAUUUAAAAAAAAUUCUGUUAGUAGGAUAGCUGCUUUGAGUGAUUUCUGCUUUAAUCAGCUUGUGCCCUAUGAAGCUCUGGCCUCUGGGAUAUUGUUAGCAUGUUAGUAUCUUUCCAGUGUGGAGAUGUUACUUCUGCAUAGUGCACUCGCAUCAAUCUCUUAGAGGCACUUUGGUGAUCAGCGUCAGACCAGGCCGUGGCAGGACGCAGGAGAAGGCACUGGAUCAAAUGAGAGGGAUCCCACUACUGGCACAAAGCUGGAUGGUGGAAACAUCUACUUAGAGCAUGACGUUCUACCAUAAUUCUGAUUCAGAACAGACAAUGAUCUAAAAAAAAUCUGUCAACCUUCAUCCCAGUCAAUUCCUCUCUCCAGAGGUGCAAGGUGCAGAGAAGACUGCUCCAUAUUUCUGUUGCCCAUCACUCUAUGCUGGGGUGAUGGUCUGUUGGAUGAAAUCAAUCCUGCACAUCUACCUUUAUGGUUCCCAAAGGAAGACCAGUAGAUAUCUAUUUAUUCUAUCAUGUAGUAUAGUCUAGAACGUCUAAGCUGGUUGAUAUCAGUAGCAACUCAUAACUGAAAUAUGUUACCUAGAAGAUGGUGUAGCUGUUAGUAGAUCCGCAGUGGCAUUGGACUGGGUGGUGGGUUUCUGAGUGAAACAGGCAACACAAGCACAUGUUUGGACUCUCACAGGCACCUCUGGCCAUCCCCCCCACAUUUAUGAGUGUGAAACGAUUAUGCAACCUUAACAAACAAACAAACAAACAAAAAGGCCAGCAAUAUGAACCCAGGUCUUUCGCCAGCAUCUGCUCUCGGCCCGCAACCCAGCCAGGCUCCACCCUCAGCUCCACUAAAGGGCCAACCUGAGAUGGACACUUCGUAAAGAGGAGAGAGGGGGGGGGUGAAAAAGAGAAUAGUAGCGAAGCAGGAAGUGAGGGGAUGAGAAGCUAACCAGAGAAGGUCACGAGGUCACAAAUGGACAAGACGUGCAAUCUCCCAUUCUUUGGUCUGAACUUCGUGUCUUGAAUCUAAAGCCAUGCAAUGCAUAUAAUUUUUAUUAUUUUACUAUGAUGGAUUUAAUGUUCUUGGGUUUUUUUGUUGUUUUGUUCAUUUUCAUAGAACACUGUUUUGUUGAUUUACAUAGUGAUGUGAAGAUUCUGAGGACAACAAAAAAAAUGAAAAAGAAAAAAAAUAUUUUUCUAUGUAGGUAGAAGACCUGCACGAGGGAGGGAACUUUGGGGGGGGGGGGUAUGUGGCCUACUCACUGUAGAUAAUAAUAUUGUACCUGGGCAACCUGAAGUAUGGAGACAAAUGAAAAAAGUGGCCCACUAUGUUGGAUGCAUUUCUCACAAAGUACUGCUGGAGAUACACAAUGCCCUUCCAUUGACAAGCAAUGCGCUAACAUGUCUUACUGUUUGCUUGGAUAUUGCAAUGCAAUAAGUAAUUGAAUAAUGUGACUUGUUCUAGAUGAGCAUAAACCAAAUGUACAGGGUUCUGUAAAAUGGUCGUGUGUGCCUGCUAAUGGGCAUCCGUGUUCGUCCACAGAGAUGCUAGCCUUUUCAGUAGCAGCAGGAGGGGCUGAGAGGGGCAAUUGCUGGCCCUUCAUAUUAAAGGGCCUUAUGAAUCUCUGAUAGGGACACAGCAAAAUCGGAGUGAAAACAAUAUAUAGUCAGCCAUACCCUUUGUGUAUGUAGUUUAGUUUCAGCGUUUGUUGCUUUCUCGUGUGUUUGUGUGGACAGCAGGUUUAGUAUAGUAUCAUGACAAUGCCAUUACUCGAUGCUAACAGAGGUUAGCAUCCACCAUUGUGCUUUGAUUGAACUGACCUCUAUUUGGAGAUGUUUUUUUUUUUUUUCUCAUUAGUUAGUGAGGCACUAGCAAGGGUGCUGUAGUUCUUGUUAGUGUGUAUCUUCUAGUGUUGUGCGUGUAUAGAACUCGGAGUUGGACAGAAAGACACAGUGGGCCUUGGUGUGCUCACAACUGAUUUUAAGCAAAGUUGCCUCUAAAUGCAGACAUGAGAUCAGCCUUCUUUAUCCACUACUUACCACAUGGCAUUGGUAGUAGAAAAUGGCUAAUGCUGAUUCAGGAUCUGCAGUUAAAGGAGUGCUGUGGGGCCCACCAGCACAGUAAAAAUGGGGCAUCAGAUGCUUCAGCUAUGCUCCGUCAGGCUGUGAUACCCCACAAAAAGACAGUGAUCCACCUUCUCGCACAAGCAUGAUUCAGUCACACUUAGCUCCAUCCGUGAAACUCUGUAAAGAAUGCAUUCAUCCCGUAGUCAUCCCCCAGAAGCAUCCUCAAUGUACAUAAAUGUCUGGAGUUCUUUGGUAGAUCCAUCCAACCGUUCAGGGCAGGUGUAACGUUAGUGAUGAAGUGUGUUUUAGCCGUAGCCUUAUUCCACCCUAAGCCUCUCCAGAAGCCGAGAAAAGGGAAUAUACAUGGAGAAGCUUUGGUCAAACCUCUUCUUGCCAAUAAAAGUUAUUUUUGAAUUUGUCAGAGGGGCAAAGAGUAUGUAUGAUGAAACGUAGCAAUAUUCAACUCAUACUGGCUACUCUUGUUUAUUGCAAUAAGGAGUUCUAUCAAUAAAUGCAUAUGUGAGUUAAAUAUUAUAGAUGUAAUUUAAAUGAAACACAAAACUUUAUGGAAAUAUUAUUGGUAUCAAGAGAAACUUGGAGUUACCACAGAAAAAAAAUGUCUAUAAAUCAAUAAAGAAUAUUAAACCUCA